AUGUCCACCUCCACUACCCCAGAAUUUAAUUUUGGUUUACAACAACUUCAACCAUCUCAACAAUCUCAACAAUCUCAACCAAAUACCCUCCAUCAAACUUCCCUUAGAUUGAUCAAAUCUUCAUCAUCUUCUUCAUCUUCUUCAUCUUCUUCAGAAAUGUCUCAGUCCAUGCACUCUUCAGCACAGACUGAGCCAUCUCAAAACCUUUCCACACUACCACCACAUUCACUACAAUCUUCAUCACAAUCACAAUCACAAUCUUCAUCACAAUCUUUACAAUCACAACCAUCUCAACUUCUGGUCGAUAAAACUCAAAUGAUACCAAAUGCUGCUGCUGCUGCUGCCGCUACUACAGCUACCCUUACUUCUGAAAAUAACCACUCAGCAACUCACCACCAAAAUAUUCUUCGCUCAACUUGCAUCGAUAUGAACUUUGAUCGCCCAGCCAAUGACUCGCCCUCUAUUACCAACUCAACCCCUCCCAAAAUCAUUGACAAACAAUCCCUUGAAUAUGUCAUUCGUAGUAGCAUAGCAGGUGGUCUUGCUGGUACCUCUGCAAAAACUCUCAUAGCCCCUCUAGAUCGCGUCAAAAUCCUUUUCCAAACAUCAAACCCGGAGUUCCGUAGAUUUACCGGCUCUUGGCUCGGCUUUUACCGCGCAGGAAGUGAAAUCUAUCGCACACAAGGCUUUUUCGGUCUUUUCCAAGGUCACUCAGCUACCCUCCUGAGAAUCUUCCCAUAUGCCGCUACAAAGUUCGUCAUGUACGAACAAGUCAGAGCCCUUCUCAUCCCUGACAAAUCCCACGAAACUUCCAUCAGACGCUUCUUGGCUGGAUCAAUCUCAGGUGUCACCUCUGUCUUCGUCACAUACCCUCUUGAUCUUGUCCGUGUCAGACUCGCCUUUGAAACCCGUUCUGUCGCCCCAGACCCUCAUCCUGCCUUUCAAAAACAUCGUAGCCAUUAUGACUACAAAGGUGGCCGUCUGAUACAAGCCAUCCAAAAGAUUUAUAGCGAACCUUCUGCUUUUAAUCAAUCAAUACCUAAUCUUUCAUCAUCAUCAUCAUCAUCAUCAUCAUCAUCAUCAUCAUCAUCAUCACCAUCUCCAUCUUCUUCCUCUCCACUCUCCUCUGCAUAUACCCAUUCACCACCAAUAAACCAAACAUCAGGCUCACUGCCCGUUCGAAUCUUCUUUGGCCUCUCAAACUUUUACAGAGGUUUCACCCCAACAAUCAUCGGAAUGAUCCCCUACGCUGGCGUCUCCUUCUGGGCUCACGAUCUACUCCAUGAUGUUUUCCGCUCAGCAUACCUCGCCCCCUACGCUGUCAUGGAUGUGCUUCCUCCAGAAGAAGACCAGGUCAUCAAUCCAUCAAGAAGCACAUACAAGGCCCACCGCCAACCUCUCACCACCUGGGCACAACUUACUGCAGGUGGCCUCGCUGGCAUGAUGGCCCAAACAGCUUCAUACCCACUAGAAGUUGUUCGCAGAAGAAUCCAGGUCUCCGGUGUCACUGGUGAAAGCGUCGGAUUGUUCAAAACAAUCUCCACAAUCUACCGUAACGCAGGUAUCCAGGGCUUCUUUGUGGGACUCUCAAUCGGAUACAUUAAAGUAGUCCCCAUGUUUGCAUGUUCCUUUUUCGUAUACGAACGACUCAAGUCGUUGUUAAGAAUUUGA